AUGGGCAUGCAUGGCAUCCGGACUCAGAUGCACGCAACAGACAACAAGAUCACAAGACAAGUUUCUCGAGUGUCAGGGAUGGUCGGGGCGUCGGAGGAAGUCCUGCUCCGGGAGCUGGAGGAUGCCUUGAGCAAAGGGGAUUCCGAAGGGGUGCAAUCUGCCUGCGCUGCAUGGGCUCACCACCAGGAGGCACAACUUCCUCAACGCCCUACUGAGACUUCUCAGCUGAUGACUUUGGACGGCCUUCGACGGCUGAUGGCUUUUGCGGCCGAGGCUGCCAAGUCCAAGGACUUUGGGGCUUCCUACAUUCUGUCAGCAACGAUCUUGCAUCUUUCUGGGCGUGUCUGGGCGAAGGAGGCCAUGACGAUCAUCCUCCAGAAGCUGCAGCAAGUCCUGGCCGACAUGCUGAAUGCGUUCCUGGCACAGGCCACCCGCGAGACCUCGGAGGUCACCGACAACGAUAUCAUGCUGGGCGUUGUGGUGCAGAAUCUUUGUGCAGCUGCCAUGCAGCUCCUCGAAAGCCGGCCCUGCCCCUCAGCUGCUGCUGUGCAUGUGGCGGACUGCUUCAUGCCGGGCCGCAAUCCGGACCUCUUCCCGCUGCUUCUCUCGGCCGCUGCAGCUGCCCAAGAGUCGAAGGGCAAAAGCAGCCCAAAAGCUGUCGAUAGCGCAAAGCGACGGGGCCUGCUGCGCUUUGCCUGCCUCCGGACGAGCCGCGCAGCUGCGGAGCUCUUGGCCUGCGCGAUGCAGGACGCCACGGAUAUGUGCAAGGAGUGCGGCGAAAGGGACAUCCUGACUAGCGGCGCGGGAAUGGAAUUGGCAGAUGCAGCUGGGGCGAAACUUAUCUAUGCCCGGGGUUGGAGCAUGCUCCUGCUUUCAUAUGUGCUGCUGUACGGCCCUGCAGAUCCCAAGCUUCAGGAGCCCCUGUUGGAGCUGCUUUGGCGAGCUUUCAGGCGUGUAAAGCCCCUGGAGGAGGCCAACCUGGCAGCAGCCCGUGGGCCGAAGCCCAUUCCCAAAGUGGUGCAGCGGCUCAUGCAGGUGGCUGGCAAGAAGGCCUGCAAGGCUCUCCAGGCAACGGCCCCCAAGGAGUUCGCAAAGCGACGGCAGCUCCUGCUGCAGGAAUUCUCGCAGUCGGCGAAGCCAGGGCUGCAGGGACCCAUCACCUGCAGUUUGCGCUGGGGCAAGCUGCGCCUCGGAAAGGGACUACAGGAGUACACAAAUCAAUGUUUGCGAAAGUUUGCGCGAAGAGCUGUCAACGGGCCGAGGCAUGCGGACGCAGCCAAGGUGAGCUUCACUCGGGUCGGCAUGGCCUUUGACCUGGGCGCAAGCGGCUUCGAGCUUCCCUGGGCUUGCCUGGAGCUCCCGCCGGUUCUCUUGCCGGAAGACGAGCAGACGCUCGCCACGGUGCUCUCCAGGCCAGCCUGGCCCAUAACCUUCAGCGUGGACACGGUGGCCGCCUGCAGCCUGUUCUCCGUUUCCUCGCUGCACCUCAAGCAGGUGGGGGGCCUGAAGGAGGUGUUGCAGCUCACGAUCUCGGAGGAGCCCGGCCGCUUCAUCCCGGAUCUCCAGAAGCUCAUCCAUACCCCCCCAAGCCAGCCCAGCGAGUUCAAGGAAGCCGAUGAAGCCAAAGGUGCCAAGGGGCCCAAGGGGGCCAAGGAGCCCAAGGCCGACGGAAGCUACAAGGGCCGCAUCACCCGGAGCAUGAGCAUGGCGGCUUCCAGCCUGGCUUCGGUGGCCGCAGCCGCCAUGGAGGCGAGCUCUUCUUCCUUCCGCCGGAGCCGCAGCACUCCGGUCACGAAGGCUUCGACCCAGCUUCUGGCAUCAAGCCCAGCACGCUUGGCGUCCCAACACGGAGGCCAGCAUGCGCAGAGUUCACCGGUGAUGUCGACACCGCCCGCACAAAAGUCAAAGCCGCAACCUGCGCCUGCAAGAAGGAGCCCGUCACUUGCAUCGCACGAAGUGGCUUCCAAGACCACAACAACACACACAGGCAAGCUUGACCAGACUCCAAAUGCCGCCGAGAAGACUUCGGCAAUUCCAGCAAGCACUCGCACCGCACGCAGCCGAACGCCAGUCAAGCCACCGCAGCCAACUGGGCAGGCCAAUCAGCAGAGGUCGCAGCAGCAAACUGACCGCAAUAGUGUUCCAGAACCUGCACUUCUAUCCCGCCGGCGCAGCCCUUCACCCUCACUGUCGAAGCAAGGCCUAGACGCAUCAGCAGAUGCAGGAGCACCGACCAAGUCGGGUGCUACAUCUGGAAGAAGGAGCCCGUCACCUGCAUCGCACGAAGUGUUCUCCAAGAACACAGCAAAACACACAAGCAAGCUGGGCCAGACCCCAUCCGAGCAGACCUCGGCAAUUCCAGCAAGCACUGGCACCGCUCGCAGCCGAACGCCAGUCAAACCACCGCAGCCAGCAGAGAGCUCACCAAGGCCAGUCAAAGCAGGUGCACCUUCACAUGGGGAGGCCAAUGAGCAGAGGUCGCGGCAGCAAGCUGGCCGGCGCAGCCCAUCACCCUCAUUGCCGAAGCAAAGCGUAGAUGCAUCAGCAGCUAGUGGAGCACCGACCAAGUCCAAUGCUACACGUGGAAGAAGGAGCCCGUCACCUGCAUCGCACGAAUUGGCUUCCAAGAACAUAGCACAACACACAGGCAAGCUUGACCAGACUCCAAAUGCCGCCGAGAAGACUUCGGCAGUUCCAGCAAGCACUCGCACAGCACGCAGCCGAACGCCAGCCAAAGCAGGUGGCCCCCUGACUGGGGAGGCCAAUCAGCAGACGUCGCAGCAGCAAACUGACGGCAAAAGUGUUCCAGAACCCGCACAACCAUCCCGCCGGCGCAGCCCUUCACCCUCACUGUCGAAGCAAGGCCUAGAUGCAUCAGAAGCUGGUGGAGCACCGACCAAGUUCAGCAGCUUGGGGCAAGCUGCCAGUGCUGCACUUGCAAGAAGGAGCCCGUCACCUGCAUCGCACGACCAGUCGAAAGCUGCCAAGGCAAGUGCUCCACCAAAACCAGGUCUCAGCCAAGGUCGGGAGGCCGGCAAGGAUGGCAACCCGGGCAACUCAGAGCUGCCAUCGACUCCUCGCGUUGUGGCUGCAAAGGACGCGGGUGCCCCGAAGCGAAACGCAUCACCUGCUCCGAGUCUCCCGAGUCUCCGAAGGCCGAACCAUCCAGGAAUUGCCGCGUUGCUGACGGCAACUACGCGGUCAAGGCAAGCAGCGAUGGCGAAUCAGAACGUUGCCCAGCUCACAACGACAGUCUCUGCCCAGCCAAAACGGGAGCUGUCACCCCAACCAGCUGCGUCGCUGCGCACGGAGGUCCCGGAAAUCCCGCGUCCAGCAAGCCCCAGCAAAGUUCGGCUUUCGGAUGCAACCGCCAUUGCCAGUGAGGCAGCGGAUCUCGGAAUCAUGCACCCCGCCACACUCAGGCAGCUCUGCCUGGAUCGGGGACUUUCCUCCGAGGGACUGCGGACACAGCUCAUCUCUCGCUUGUUGCUUCAGAGCAUCACGAAGAAGCCUCACACGGAGGAAGAAUGCUCGAGCCCGGCACCCAUGAGCCCAAGGUUCGCACCCUUCAAUGCCAUCCACAAGUCGGAGCUGCAGGCCGCCUGCAGCCGCCAAGGCUUGCCGGAGUCGGGCACUUCUGAUGACUUGUUGUACCGGCUGCGGCAGCACAGAAACGAAGCGGCUGAUGUGGCUGGGAAUGCGGGGAAGGAUGCCGUGCUUGAGCCCACACCUAGGUCCACCUCGUGGCAACGCGGCUUCUCCAUGCCUCCCACACAUGGCACACCUGGCAGACCCCUGCCUGUUUCCCCAGGGCCGUGGGCGAGGUCGGCAUCAACGCCGCGCCACCGAAUCCGAAGCAAGAGCCCAGCUCCGAAGGAAUGGUGCAGCACUCCCGGCACUCCCCCUCGCCGUGUUCGCGGCAAGAGCGUCGAUGCGCGAGGGCCAGGCACGCCCUUCAAGGCCCCAAUCCCAGCCCAGCGCAGCAGCCUCGCCGCGCGGGGCGGCGCAGCGGUUCAGUCCCUCCUCACCCUCCGUCCAGAGCAGCUUGCCAAGGAGUGUGAGCGAAUGAGCUUAAGCCCGCGGCAGUCGCCCCAUGCCAUGGCAUGCCGUCUGGCGGCUGCCCGCCUCCGAGGGGAGAGCACCAAGGGAUCACAUGGAUCACCCAGCUCCAGCGCAACGGAGCUGCUGGCGCGCUCCCCGCACUCCUUCUCCGGGCACGUGACCCAGAUUCCCGAGAACCUCCCGAUCCAGAAGCCCAUGCCCAUCCUUCGCAGCCGCUCUGCGACGCCCAGGAAAACCAAGACCCCUUCCCGAGCACCAACCCCUCGAAGCACACGCGCCCGAUCCCCAAGCUGUUCCAAGAGACCUCGCAGCCUUCUCUGCGCAGCCCCGGGGGCAAAGCGUGGUGAAUCUCCACCUUCCACGCCCCCCCGGCGCAGCGCACCCAGGUCCCCAGUGCCCUCCACAGCCUCCAAGCUGCCGCGUGAGAGGUCCGCCCCAAAGAGUCCGAAGAAUCCGAAGAGGACCGGCCGCUCCCGCACCCCGCGGCGCACGCCCAAGGCUGGAGGCUGCCAUGCAAACACCUUGGCCGGCCUGCCCUGCCAGAGAUCUGGCAAGAUCCGGCCGGCCCAGGCGCUCUUUUACUAUUGCGCAAUGCACGCUCCCAAAUGGAAAGCCCACGAGCGCUGA